AAUGACUAGAGAGUUUGUGUCCAAAGUUAGUCUUCCUAGAUUGUGUGGUGUUGUUGUGUAAACAAGUAUAGUAAGACCUUGUAAUCAACAAAACUACGUUUGUUUAUUGUGUUCAACUCUACAAUCCUAUCCUAUAUGCAAGAAAUUUACAAACAUAUAUAUUGUUCUUGUGUUUUAUUUCAUUAACAGCUAGAAGAUGAUAUUAGGCCAUCAGUACUGGUGGUUAAUGCCUUGGCAAAGCUCUGCCGUAUCAUUUCUAUAUGGGAAAUCAUCCCUAGUCAUGAUAGUAUUGAUGCUGCUUACAAAGAUCCUGAAGUUAGACAAGAGGCCUACGAAAUUGAAGGAGUCAGAUACAAAGAGGGUCGUAAUGAAUUCGAGAGGAAUGAAGCUUUUCUCGUGUAGAUGGCUGCCUGCGAACCGUGAACCGAAAGCUUUGGUCUUUCUCUGCCAUGGUUACAGCAUGGAGUCCAGCAUCUCAAUGAAAGGUCAAUAUAUUUCUCUUUCAUCUUUAAUCGUUACUAUUGAAUGCCAAAACGGAGACAAAAAGAAACAGAAACAAAAACAGAGCACCCUACGUCCAGGACGAAAAAGGACUGGAACAAGGCUAGCAAAGGCAGGAUAUGGAGUUUGGAGUUUAUGGAUUGGAUUAUGAAGGGCAUGGGAGAUCAUCUGGUCUUCCGGGAUACAUACCUAGCUUCGAAGAUGUUGUUACAGACUGCUCCGACCACUACACAAGAAUCUCCGGUUAGUUAGUUUCUAAUAUUUGAAGUUCCAUCAUGAGGUUUUUUUUUGGAUACGCCACCACGAGUUGUUUGGUAGCAUAGAAAAUGUAGCAGAAAACAGAGUUCUUCAAAAUUCUAAGCAACAGAAAGAAAUCGCACAAUAAAUCUGCCCACGAUAAUUAAAAAUAGCAUGCUGAGAGUAAAUUUAAUUGGCUGACUUGGUAAGAUAUUGUUUUGUCAGUUUAUUUUGGUUUGAAAUGAAUAUCCAAAAGGCAGUUUCUCUUACUUUUAUGAUUGUGGGAAAAAAAACACAGUUUUAUGAGUUUUAUAUCUGAUUUUAUCAGUUGUUAUGGUAUAACAAUCAUUGGGGAAUUUUAAGUUUUUG